AUGAGUAACAUUUAUAUUCAAGAGCCACCAACAAACGGAAAAGUCCUGUUGAAGACCUCAGCUGGUGAAAUUGACAUAGAGUUGUGGUCUAAAGAGGCUCCUAAAGCAUGUAGGAACUUCGUCCAGUUGUGUAUGGAAGGUUACUAUGAUGGAACAAUGUUCCACAGAGUGGUGCGUGAUUUCAUCAUUCAGGGGGGCGAUCCUACAGGCACAGGGACCGGAGGGGAGUCCAUCUACGGCCGCCCAUUCAAGGAUGAGUUUCACUCCAGGCUGCGCUUCAUCCGGAGGGGCUUGGUCGCCAUGGCCAACGCGGGGCCACACGAUAAUGGGAGUCAGUUUUUCUUCACACUGGGACGCGCAGAUGAGCUCAACAACAAACACACCAUCUUCGGAAAGGUCACUGGGGACACAGUUUAUAACAUGCUGAGAUUAGCGGAUGUUGAAUGUGAUGCUGAAGAGAGACCCCUGAAGCCCCACAAGAUCAGAGUUGCAGAGGUUCUGCAUUCUCCCUUUGAUGACAUCGAACCCCGUGAAAAGAAGGGAAAAAAGGAAAAAGACAAAGAGGAGGCAAAGAAAUCUCAGUCAAAAGCCACGAAGAACUUCAGUCUGUUGUCAUUUGGAGAGGAAGCCGAGGAAGAGGAGGAGGCCGCGACACAAGUCAGCCAGACAUUAAAGGGAAAAAGCAAAAGCAGCCACGACCUUCUGAAAGAUGACCCCAGACUGAGCUCUGUUCCUGCAGUCAAAAAGAAAAAAAAGAAAAGAACAGCUGGAACUGGGGCUGACUCGGACGAUGACUCCGAGGACGACGAGGAGUCAGACGAAGAAUACGACUCGGAGGAGAGAGAGAAGAUCAGAGAGCUCAUCAGUCAGAAGCUGAAGAAAGAAAAAGGGGAGAAAGCGGCAGAGCCCGACGAGGAAGAGAGAGGGAAGAAGACCAGCCGCAGUGAUGAAUUACGGAAGGAAGCGCGCCAACUGAAGAAGGAACUGCAGGCCAUAAAGCAGCGGAGAGAAGAAAGUUUGAAACCUCCCACGAACGAAGUCAAAGAGGAAGUGAAAGAGCCAGCCAGCGAGGCGGUUGCUGAGUACCUGGAGGGAAAAAAGAAGUACGAAGGGCUCAAGACGCGCAAGCAGAAAAAAGGCUCGAGCAGAGAGGAGCAGACGCUGGCCCUGCUGAACACCUUCAAGUCCAAGCUGACGUCGGCCAUCAGCGAGGGUCCAGAGGAGGACGCGGAGGAGCUGGCUGAGGACGACGACAAAGGAUGGAUGGCCCAUGUCCUGCAGUUUGAUGAGCAAACCAGAAAAGUCAAAGAUGCCAACAUGCAGGACGAGGACACGUUUGAGAUCUACGACCCGCGCAACCCCGUCAACAAGAGGAGGAGAGAGGAGAGCAAGAAGCUCAUGAAGGAGAAGAAGGCCAAAAGAGGCUCUGGUCUGUGGGAAAGCGGGCGGGGCGGGGCCCAGCAGAUAGCAGGUGCCGCGGCCCUGACCUCCCCAUCCCGGGCCGGCAUUCCUGCCUGCCUGUGCAUGGGCCUCCUACAGCACGCCGUCUGCAUCCAAACGCUGUCCGGAGCGCUUCAGACUCUGCCCAGCACCUCUGACCACAGCUGCUCCUCUGGAUAG